ACAUGAACACAGAAGCAGAACACCGACUUCUCCAUCACGCCAGAAACGGCAAUGCUGAAGAAGUAAGGCAGCUAUUAGAAAUCAUGGAGAAGAACGAAGUAAUGGCUGACAUAAAUUGCAAAGGAAGAAGUAAGUCUAAUUUGGGCUGGACGCCUCUUCAUCUGGCAUGCUAUUUUGGACAUAGACAAGUGGUCCAGGAUCUGUUGAAGGCCGGUGCGGAAGUGAAUGUGUUAAACGACAUGGGAGAUACGCCGCUCCAUCGAGCUGCUUUUACAGGAAGAAAGGAGUUGGUGAUGCUUCUCUUAGAAUAUAAUGCUGAUACUACAGUGGUAAAUGGGAGUGGACAGACAGCAAAAGAAGCCACUCAUGACAAAGAAAUCAGGAACAUGCUUGAAGCAGUAGAAAGGACUCAACAAAGAAAACUUGAAGAAUUGCUCUUAGCAGCAGCAAGAGAAGGCAAAAUAGCAGAUCUCACAACUCUGCUCAACAGGCCCAAUCCUCCUGAUGUUAACUGUGCGGAUCAGUUAGGAAAUACACCCUUGCAUUGUGCGGCUUACCGGGCCCAUAAGCAGUGUGCCUUAAAGCUUCUCAAAAGUGGAGCAGACCCUAAUCUGAAGAACAAAAAUGAUCAGAAACCUCUUGACCUUGCCCACGGUGCUGAAAUGAAACACAUCCUUGUUGGUAAUAAGGUCAUCUACAAAGCAUUGAAACGAUAUGAAGGCCCUCUAUGGAAGAGUUCAAGAUUUUUUGGCUGGAGAUUAUUCUGGGUAGUGUUAGAACAUGGAGUCCUUUCAUGGUAUCGGAAACAGCCUGAUGCAGCCCAUAAUAUUUAUCGCCAAGGAUGCAAACAUCUGACUCAAGCAGUAUGCACGGUAAAGUCCAGUGACAGCUGCCUCUUCUUUAUUAAAUGCUUUGAUGACACCAUUCAUGGCUUCAGGGUUCCUAAGAACAGCCUUCAGCAGUCGCGGGAGAACUGGCUGGAAGCAAUCGAAGAGCAUUCUGCUUAUAGCACCCACUACUGUUCCCAGGACCAGGUGACCGAGGAUGAAGAGGAAGAUGCAGUUUCUGCUGUGGAUUUGAAGGAAUCCUUACAGAAAGCACAAGCAUGUCAACAGAGACUUGAUACGGAAAUUUCCAACUUUCUCAAAAUGAUGAAGGAGUAUGACAUGGCUAAAGAAAUGCUUCCAUUAUUUCUUCAGAAAGUUGAAGUAGUCUCAGAAGCGUCUAGAGAAACCUCUGUAGCUCUGGGUGAUUGCCUUAGCCUGUUUGCUAAACAAGAAGAGGUGAGGAAUUUAAAAUUGGAACAAGAGCAAGAGAAAAACAAAAUCUUGUCAGAAGCGCUGGAGGCUCUCGCCACAGAGCAUCAUGAACUAGAGCAGUCUCUGGUUGAAGGGUCCCCGCCUCGCAGCAUCCUUAGUGAGGACGAGUUCUAUGAUGCGCUGUCAGAUUCCGAGUCAGAGAAGUCCCUGAGUCGACUGGAAGCAGUGACAGCAGAGUCCUUUGAAGAGGAAGAAGAGCACGUGAGCAGUAGAAAACACAGAAUGUCCGAAGGGAAGGAUUGUGGUGGAGGAGAUGCUCUCUCCAAUGGCAUCAAAAAGCACCGAACAAGUUUGCCCUCUCCUAUGUUUUCCAGAAAUGACUUCAGUAUCUGGAGCAUCCUCAGAAAAUGUAUUGGAAUGGAACUCUCCAAGAUCACGAUGCCAGUGAUAUUUAAUGAGCCUCUGAGCUUCCUGCAGCGACUAACUGAAUACAUGGAGCACACUUACCUCAUCCACAAGGCCAGUUCCUUUUCUGACCCCGUGGAAAGAAUGCAGUGUGUAGCUGCCUUUGCAGUGUCUGCCGUGGCCUCGCAGUGGGAGAGGACCGGGAAGCCCUUCAACCCGCUGCUGGGGGAGACCUACGAGUUAGUGCGAGAUGACCUUGGAUUCAGACUCAUCUCUGAGCAGGUCAGCCAUCACCCCCCAAUCAGUGCGUUUCACGCUGAAGGAUUAAACAACGAUUUCAUCUUCCAUGGCUCCAUCUAUCCAAAACUGAAGUUCUGGGGGAAGAGUGUAGAAGCAGAACCAAAAGGAACCAUCACCUUGGAGCUCCUUGAACACAAUGAAGCAUAUACAUGGACAAAUCCUACCUGCUGUGUGCACAAUAUCAUUGUGGGUAAACUCUGGAUUGAGCAGUAUGGCAAUGUGGAAAUCACAAACCACAAGACUGGGGACAAAUGUGUGUUGAAUUUUAAGCCAUGUGGCCUUUUUGGUAAGGAAUUGCACAAAGUUGAAGGCUACAUUCAAGAUAAAAGCAAAAAGAAGCUCUGUGCACUCUACGGGAAGUGGACCGAAUGUCUGUACAGUGUUGACCCUGCCACUUUUGAGGCCUACAAAAAAAAUGAUAAGAAAAACACUGAAGAGAAGAAGAACAGCAAACAGGUGAGCACCUCGGAGGAGUCAGAUGAGAUGCCCAUGCCGGACUCCGAGAGCGUGUUCGUCAUCCCUGGCAGCGCCCUCCUGUGGCGAAUAGCCCCGCGGCCUCCAAACUCUGCCCAGAUGUAUAACUUCACUAGCUUUGCCAUGGUUCUGAAUGAAGUGGACAAGGAAAUGGAGAGUGUGAUCCCCAAGACCGACUGCAGGCUGCGGCCUGACAUCCGAGCCAUGGAGAAUGGAGAGAUAGAUCAAGCUAGCGAAGAAAAAAAGCGGCUUGAGGAGAAACAAAGAGCGGCCCGCAAAAACAGGUCCAAGUCAGAAGAGGAUUGGAAGACGAGGUGGUUCCAUCAGGGCCCCAACCCCCACAAUGGAGCACAGGACUGGAUUUACUCUGGCAGCUACUGGGACAGAAACUACUUUAAUUUGCCUGACAUUUAUUAAAAUGCAGUUGAGUCCGGAUGUUUGGCUGAUCUACAAAUAAGUCUUAAACCUAUGUUUUUAAAUUUUUUCCUUGGUUUCUACUCAUCUUUUAGAAGAAAAAAAAAUCUGCUCAUAACUUGCAUUUCAUCCAACAAGGUAGGGCAUAUGGUGACAUUGGGUGGUGAAAGUCUUAUGAAAAAUGUGUAAUAAUUUUCCUGUUCAUACUUAUUUGGAAUAUUUAUAGGGGUAAAAACUGCUGGAGAUGAUUUUUCUGGUUGCUAAAUGUAACUCUAGCUUUACAGGAUUAUAUAAUCCCAGAUCAAGUUAUUUUGACUAUUUUUAUGCUGUCAUGCUUGAAUGUUUUAGAUGUAACUUUGACAUGUUUAGAAUUCUCCUAUACAAUGUGCUGAAACAGGCUGUCAUUUUGUAAAGUAAAUUAAUAAGAUGGCUUUUAAUCAUAUUAAUCAUCUCAAUUUUAUCCCUUCCCUAUCCCAAGAGAAAAAGAAAAAGCCUGAAUAUUCUGAAUAGGGAUUCCCAAUUUGAAAAUUCUAAAGAAUUAAACUGGGAAAGGUAUUUCAUUUACAUAUGUUAGUGCUCCUUACUUUUAGUUUUCUGUAAUCAUUGUCAUUAAAAUGUUUGAACUGCAAAUAUGUAUAAAAUCUAGCAAUUCACAGAUGCCCUAGAAAUAGGUUUUAAUCACUAUCACAUAAUGACGAACCUUUUUAAAGGAGUCAACUUCCAGUGGCAGCUGCCACCCAAGCGUUUACACUGUACUCAUGUAUGUAUUGUAAGUAUCAACUG